UGAACGUUAACUCCACACAACAUCAACAACGUCAACGUCCAUAUUACCGACAACUGGCAAAACCAUAUUUUUGGGUAAAUAUUCACCAUGAAACUUGCAAGGUGAAUAUUGCGCUUGUUUCUAUGAUAUUAGACUAACCCCAAAAGUUUUCUCUGUUCGAGCAUUGCAAGGUUCGGGCGCUGACCCCAAGUUGUUUUCAUCAGAUUCUUGAUGAAACUCAACAAUGAGACGGUGACUAUCGAGCUCAAGAAUGGGUCACUAGUCCAUGGGACAAUCACCGGUUCGUCUAAUCGGCUCGUUUACUCAAGCCUUACAACCCUCAAAUUAUUCGCAGGUGUCGACAUGCAGAUGAAUACCCACCUCAAAACUGUCAAAAUGACAGCCCGUAAUCGGGACCCGACGUCCCUAGAUUCCCUAUCUAUUCGUGGCAACAACGUCCGGUAUUUCGUGCUCCCUGAUGCACUUCCUCUAGAUACCCUCUUAGUGGAUGAUGCGCCGAAGCCGAAAGGUAGGAAGAAGGACGAGGGGCGCGAAAGGGGAAGGGGACGGGCUCGAGGGAUGGACCGUGGGCGUGGUAGGGGACGAGAACGAGGAAGAGGAAGAGGUUUCUGAUGGUAUGGUCAAAAUCUAUUAUCAUCGGGAGAUGAAGAGCUCGCAUAGGGUGCACCACUCAGCGGAUAUAAAUCCCUCUAUGUAAAUCUAAAUGCUCUGACAUUUGGUCCUUCUGAAAA